CUGACAUGUUUUUGCAAAAAGAGACACGUUUCCUGAAUUAAGUCAGGUAGGUAUCUUUAGAGACAGGCCAAGGUUGGUACAGUCUUCAGUGCCACACAGACAUGGCUGGGGCAUGUGAUUUGUUGAUGGCUGGACUGCGCCUCGGCUGGCCCAAGACAAUUCUUCAUGGAAGCAGCAAGCAGUUUCUAUAAUAUACUCGCUCGUACUGAUGCCGGUCGGCAAGCAAACAGCUCUCCAUGAUGGUGUCGCACAUUGAGCCACCACCCCAAGUGCCACAGACUCCGCGACGCCCACCCUCGGUCACUUCGAGAGCCUCGACAACAAGGCGCCAUCGCUCAUCGCGCUCUCAACACACAACUUCACCACAGGCCCCGCUGAAUGAGUUUCCCGUAUUUGCGCAUACCGGCGAUGUCGAGAUCGUCAUCUCUUCACCCAGCGGUCGCAAGGAACAACGCUACCUCCUGCACAGCAUCAUCCUAGGCCAGUGUUCGUCCUUCUUCGCCAUAGACACGAAACGACCACCCGUGCCCAAUGCUUUGCCAGCUCCUGGCCCGGCCGCACUAUUGCGCAUUGGCGAAACAAAUUCCAGCAGGAGCAGCCUGGACUCGACCGACGUGCGACGCUGGAGUUAUGUCCUCGACUGGCACCACAUAAGAAACAACGAUGUACCGCGUCUGAUCCAAUGUCCUCCGAACCAGAGUCCGCCGCCCGUCUCGCGUAACAAGCCGCCCGCCUCGUCUUCUGCCUUCUUCCGAUCCAUGUCGAACCUAUCAGCCUUGUCUUUGAAUCCACAACCCAUUGCGCCUCCAGGCCCGGACGAUGAAUUACUGCGCGACUAUGACAAUCUCUUCCGCAUCUUCUACAACUUCCCACCUACGCUUAGCAACAUCAACAUUGCUGAUGCUUAUACCGAGUCAAAGGCACUACUGCAUCUAGCUCAGAUGUACGAUGCCUUGGAUGUCGUAGGUUCCCGAGUAGACCACCACCUUCUGGGCUUCCAAGGACGUCUGUUCAAGCAGAUUGCUCGCUACCCUCCAUCAUACCUCAAACUCGCCUGUCUAGCCAAGUCACGCGUCAUCUUCACAGAAGCCUUGAUCCACGUUGUAGGACAAUGGCCACAAGCACAGUCUCAACUCGUCAACCACAUCGACCCUCUGGUCCUUGAUAUCAUCGAGGACAAGGUUCAAGAGCUGGAAGAUAUGAAAUUGCGUAUCGAGAUCCGGCUUUUCAGACUCACCUUGACUACUAGCCGAGGUGAGCGUGUGAACCCGUCAAACGGCUAUCUGGAUUGGAUGGCCAUGUCUCUCUUCCGCCAAUGGCUGGCCGAAAACACAACCCCAGCUCCAGUCUCUAUCCUCAAGAACUCAUCACGGCCUUCAACCUCAGACGCCGUGUCAGCCUCUGCCUCCGUGUCAGGUAGAUCAGGUCGACAAAGCAGCUCCCGUGCGCUGGUCACCACGAAACCAGCAACAUCUCAACAACCUCAGUCAAGUCAGAGUCUAGGUCGCGUAUAUCGACUCAUGGGCAGCACAAAUAAAGAAGCAUAUCUCAAUCACGACGAGUGCAAACGUUUCCUCAAGCUCACACCCGAAAUGUAUUCACGCGACAACCUCAAGCGCUUUGAGCGUAGAGUCGACGAGCUGAAGAAUCUAGCCAGAGAUGCUGUCAAACCACUCACUCGCAACUUCCUCGAGCUUGAUCUCAGCAGUGUUGUGCCACCCUCAGGCGCAGGCCGAGGGAGUGCUGCCGUGCCAUCGACCGGAUUGGGGUAUUUAACUUGUACGAAAGUGCUGGAAGAUGAUUUCCCUUGGAACGGUUGAUAGCUUUGAGGCCUGCGAUUACGAACUGAUGCUUGAUGACGAUAAUGAAGGAGGAACAGCGAGUGUUUCUAGUCUCUGGUUUCUCCAGCCACGACGAUUUGUUUUGUCUUUUUUUUUUUUUUU